AGCUUCUUUUCUAUGCAGGUUCUUCUUCUCCACCCAACAGCAGCCCACCCUAUCCCUACAACUUCUCUGCCCAACAAUCAGCCUCUUUCCAUGCAAUUUCUUCUUGUUCUCCGCCCAACAACCGGCCUUUCUCCAUGCAAGAUCUGCUUCUUCUUCUUUGCCAACUAGUCGGCCUCUCUCUACGCCCAACAGCUGGCCUCUCUCUAUGCAAGUUCUUCUUGUUCUCCGCCCAACAGCCGGCCUUUCUCCAUGCAAGAUCUGCUUCUUCUUCUUCGCCGAGCAGCCGGCCUCUCUCUAUGCAAGACCUUCUUGUUUUCUGCUCAGCAACCGGCCGUGCAAGAUCUUCUUCUUCUCCGCGCAGCAGCAGCCCACCCAAUCCUUAAAACUUUCCCAAGCAAUCUCUAGUCCCAUUCCACAAAUUGGGGGCCAAAAUCCCCAGAAUUUUCACUGUCAAUAUCUUCCCCAUUACUUCGAUCUUGAUGAAAUUUCCUCCAUAGAAGAAGGUCAAUUUUUUGUCACCCAUCCUGUAAAAAUAAGAGGAAACACAUAUAUGAACAUUUAAACAAGAUGUAAAAAUAAUUAAGAAAAAAGCUGAUUAAAGAUGAAAACUCAUA